GAGGGCUAUCGGCCAGUAUUUUUUUCAAAUCGUUGCAUCGCGUUCAUUUACUGUAAAAAGGUUUUAAAAAUCGUAUUUUGAAAUUCGCGCCCGAUCCGAGUUGUCGCGAAAUGUUCCGUCGCACUGUCGAAGUUCGGCGAUCGCGUCUUCAGAUUAGCCAUGCAAAAUGCAAAUGUCAAAGUGAAAUUAGAAAUUAUUCUCAGAAAUCAACGAAGAACUCAAACUGAUUUAUUUUAUCCGGUGUGAUGAUUAUUGUAGGACAAAUUAAACGGAAUAAAUGCACAAAUUGAUCCAUUCAUUCGUCAUAGUGCGCGAACCCGUCAAACGAUUCAUCUCGAACUACACUCAGGCUGUAUCCAAAAAGCCCGAGAUGAAGACUUCGAGCAGCUGGUCUUCCUGUAAACCCCAUCGACAGCAUUCUGACAUGUCCUGGGAGCCCUUCAAGCUAGGAAUGUACAUUCGUACCGAAAAGACGAAGAAGAAGAAGCUAGGGAUGUACUCGCGCUGCCUCACUCAGUCAAUUUAAACGGAAUAAAUGCACAAACUGCACAAAA